GGAAUGCGCAGAAGAAGAAAACGUCAGAUCGCAGGUCGCCAGCGUUCUUCAUCUGGUCUCCCCACUAACCCGAGUAACUGAACCUCGCCAUGUCGUCAUCGCUACAGCAAGGUCCAGAUGGCAGCCAGUCUCCUCCUCCUGCCAUUCCUCCUGCUACCGUCGCGGCAGAUUCACCCGAGGAAAACGCCCUAACCACGGCAGCUGCAGCAAGUGCUUCAGCAGCUACUGUCGCAGAAAGCCCGCCGCCCUCCAAACCCUCACCACCGGAAAAAACGGCCACGCGAAGAGGGAACAAGGAACGGCACCAGAAGCAGAGCAAAGCCCAGUCACCGGCACAGCGUGGGAUCUCACCGGUGCCGUCAUUUUCCCAAGCCGUAACAACAGCCCACGUGCUUGGCAUCGGCACACAGCAGGCAACGACCCCGAACCUGUUGACCAGCACGGCAGCAGCUCCUUCGUCAGCGCAGACCGCCGCUGGUUCACGCGUCGUCAGGAUAAUGAGGGCCCAGAAGAAGAAACGGGACAAAGAAGACUUCAAAGAUGAUGCGCCCCCGUCCACUGUGCAGUUGAAAGAAGCAGCCGCCGCCGAACCUUCAUGUGUGCCAGCUGACGCGGGACCCGUGUACUCGGCGAGCCUCAAGGGUCUGAAGGCAGCGACGUCCACACAUCCUCCCGGAAAGCGAAAGCUCAAGCAACGUUCAACCUCAACAGGCCCUGACAUCCUCAAAGCCCUUGCGUCGUUGAAACCCGCUCCGGAGGAGGAAGCCGCUAGGAAGCACUCUGUCAAGGGCAUGAAAGCGUUGCUGGACGUUCGCGCGGAGCCACCCUCUUCUUCGGAUCGCACUUCCGGAACUUCUGUCCAUGCGCACUUGAAGGUCUCCCUUGGGGCCAAGGUAGUGGCGACCGCGAUAAUAGCCAUGACCAUCCUGGCCUUUGUGUUCCUUCUGUACCCCAAGCCAAAGCAGGAGUCCGUGAAGUACUGUACGACGAAGGACUGCGAGGAACACAUUUAUCGCAUUGCAAAUCAGCUGGACAAAGGCAUCGACCCUUGUGAUGACUUUGGCGCUCAUGUCUGUGGACGCUGGAGACCGCGCAAUAAGCACACCUUAUCACGUUCAGAGAUGUCAGAUAUGUAUCUGUCCUGGUUGCGCAGUCUUCCGGAAAGGUUGAACAAAGGUUUUAGACAAUUUCCUGUAGGGAAAAAAGUGGCCGUCAUGUAUAACCGGUGCUUGAUGCAGAAGGGGUCGCAGAUCGAUACCUUCAAAAAAUUCAUGCGCGCCCGAGGUAUUUUCUGGCCGGAAAGACCACCCAAAACGGUUCCUCUAGUGAAGAUACUGACCGACCUCGCGUUCAACUGGAACGUGAAUUUCUGGUUCAGCUUGAAGAUACUUCCAUCUAUCUCGAAAGAAAAACCAAGGCAUAUCUUCCUUGCACCGAACAAGCUUAUGCUGCUGUGGAAGGACACGUUCAGUCAGCUAUCGAAGGAAAACUUUGGGAGUGUCUACUCUACACUCUACAAGAUCUUUUCUAACGACACGAGCAGACAACCCAAUCAGGAAGGCAUAUCAACGACAUACAACGUGCUAAAGUUAAUAUUCAACACCUCCGUACCACCGUGUCCUUGCGAAGCGCGCGUUCCAGGAUUGUUCCCCUUGCGUGCCAUAGACUCGAAAUUUCGAAUUCCCAUUGGCUCGCACGUGAUGGACACGUUAAAUAACGCGGCGGGAAUAGAUCCGCCUGUCACAAUGGAUGACUUGGUGCUUGUGAGCGACAAGUCUCAAUUUGCGAAUAUGUUGAGAAUCCUAAACCAGUUCGACGACUUGUCCCUGCGGAGCCACCUGUCGUGGUUGUUUGUGCAGGAGUACGGGUCAGUGGCAUUUCCGUCGGCCGUUCUGCUCGUCAUUCACGGCAGUGAGAACCGUGCCGACCAAGAGCGUCCGCGCUUCUGCGCUGCUCAAGCAGAGUCGAGCUACAAGCUCCUUGUGGCUGCCAUGGCCUCCGCAGGCCUCUUCUCCGAGGAAGAGCGGCACCGCAUCAACGAUCAACUGGCCAGCAUUGUGAAGGAGGCCACGUACAAAACGUUGGCCGUCUCUUGGCUCGAUAACGAAACCAAACAAGUUGCCGUGGAGAAGUUGGCGAACGUGCGCACUGUGUUGUGGCCUUCCAAGCAGUUCCUCGCGGCGGAGGCACUCCGCAAGGUUUACGCAAACUUCACCUUCAACGCUUCGUCCUUCGCCGAGUACUGGAUCGAGACGCGUCGCAGCCAGCGCCUGAUGUUCGGCUCCGAAGCGGCGGAAGAGGAGCUGCUCCUGGGUGACAGCACUCAGCUGCCAUACGCGGAAUAUGAACAGGUGCUGAACCACCUCUCUCUCUCAUUCGGAGCGCUGGCACCUCCGCUCUACUACAAGAAUGGCACCAACGCCAUGUUGCAUGGCGGCCUGCUGUACUUUUACGCUCGGGCGCUGAUCCCUGCCAUCGACAACGAGGGAGUUAAGAUCGACCCGCAAGGCAAUAUCGUGCCGUCUUGGUUGAGUAACAGCACUCAGGACAUUUUCGACCAGCGAACGCAACGCUGCCUACCCGGAAACACCAGCAUCUUCCCGGAAGUUCCGGCAAUGGAGGUGGCCUAUGGAGCAUUCAAGCGACAUCACCUCGAGAAUAAUAGCCGGCUAUCUGAGGAAAUGACCGAGGAGAAGGUGUUCUUCAUAACCGCCUGCCUCGCCACUUGCGCUACGACACCUGCCGACAAUCUCUAUGGUGGUGACUGCAACAAGGCUGUGAUGAACUUCGCGCCAUUCGCCAAAGCCUUCGAUUGCCCCGCCGGUUCCAAGAUGAAUCCUGCGUCAAAGUGCACUUUUUAUGAUUGACGUUGUCGGUGCUGCUUAUUUGCACAACUCCUCCUUAAAUAAUGCUGUCUUUCUUUGCUGCUUGCGCGUGUACGUGUGUGCCUUUGAUACGAGCUGUUUUAUCAAUGAACUGUUGCCGCCAUUUGAUUUCGCCGUGAUUUACACUGUGGGGUUGAGCUCAUCGUGGACUGUUUCAUUCGCAAAAUGUGCCUUGUGCUCCCGCCUUCACGGCACUGCUCGACUGUUGUCUUUUGAGUUAUGUGGUUUUCAUUUAGUCACAAUUUCGAACAUUUUAUGCACCAAAUAUUCCGUAUUGCUUCGUACUUUGGGAUCGCUAAUCGUAGAAAUGUGCCGCAUUGCGCUUUCGUAUGCGAACAGCCUAUGGUUGCUGUAGCUUUGAACAUUGUUUUUUUUUUUUUCAGAGACAUGCACACCUGUAUGGAAGUUGAUUAAGUUUCAUUAUUGCCGUGGUCAUUUAUGAACAUUCACACCAAGUUGCUCAACACGAUUUUUUGUCCCAGGCGUGAAGAGGAAAUACUGUUACCUGACACGAAAACCCAGAAUGUCACAUCAACAUGCCAACGUAUCACGCGGCGAUGCACCUUCGUCUCUGUGUGUUUAUGCCAAUAAAGAAAGCAGCAUCUGGCGCAGACAA